AUGAGGGAAUCUCCAAUGCAAACGAAGAACGCAACCGAUCUCAAAACAAGCGAGACACUUGACAUAGAACGCUCGGCGAGCUCAGGAACUGAACGUCAUGGUAGCACUGUUGUCCUCUCUGCGACGGACGAUGCUGGGUACCAUCGUUCCUUGACUAGGCGCCAAAUCAUGAUGAUGACCUUUGGCGCUGGCAUAGGUACUGGUCUCUGGGUGGGAACUGGACAGGCAUUGUAUUAUGCCGGUCCUGCUGGUAUGGCACUUACCUAUACGAUCACAGCGAUGAUCGUGUACGCCCAGUAUUCUUCAAUCGGCGAGAUGACCGCAUACAAACCUAUCCAUGGCGGGUUUAUCCGCCAAUGCGCUGAAUAUGUGGAUCCGGCAUUCGGCUUUGCAAUUGGUGUCAACUUCUGGUUUGCGUGGGUGAUGAUAAUCCCAGCAGAGAUAACAGCAGCCAUAUCCGUCUUGAAAUUCUGGCCCGGGGCAGAUGUCGUGCCGCUCGCGGCAUAUAUCACUAUAUUUCUGGUGGUCUUCGCUCUGGCAAACAUGUUCCAUGUGCGAGUAUACGGCUAUAUUGAGUAUUAUAUGUCGUUUGUGAAGUGCCUUGCAGUUAUCUUGAUGAUAUUCUUUAUGUUCAUCAUGACAUCGGGAGGAAUACCAGCAACAAACGGCCCAAUCGAGUUCCGAUAUUGGAAGAACCCAGGGGCUUUCAAUAAUGGAAUAAAGGGUAUUGCUAAAGCGUUCGUACAGGCGGCAUUUAGUUUUGGCGGCGGCGAGCAUAUUGCUGUUAUAGCUGGCGAAGUAGCCGAUCCACGUCGCACGAUCAAGAAGACAGUUAGACCUGUGUUUUGGAGAAUGUUUACCUUCUUCGUGGUCAAUAUCUGGCUCGUCGGAAUGUGUGUUCCAUCCAAUGACGCCGAUCUUGUCAACGCUAGCGGGACACUGGGUAGUCCUUUUGUCAUUGCAAUCAAGCGGGCGGACGUUUAUGGUUUGGCACACGCUAUCAACGGGUUCAUCUUCCUUAGUGUCAUCAGCUGUGGCAUUACCAGUGUCUAUAUCGCAAGUCGAAGUUUGACAGCGCUCGCUGAUCUAAACAUCAUCCAUCCGUUCUUCGGAAGAAAGGACUCACAAGGUCGGCCAUAUGUGUCCCUGGUUAUCAGCUUGGGCCUCGGUGGCGGGCUGGGCUAUCUAAACUGCAACAGCGUGGGAGUUAUGGUGUAUGGUUGGUUUUCAGCCUUGGUGGCAAUAGCCACGCUUUUCCAAUGGGGCUGCAUUUAUAUUGCUCAUCUUCGCUUCCGGCAAGGUCUUCGAGCCCAAGGCAAGGAUCUCAGCGCACUUCCGUUUAAAGGUCUCCUCACCCCGUGGGCGCAAUACAUCAGUCUCACCAUUGUGGUGUUUGUCUUUGGCUGUCAAUUCUACCUGGCCUGCUGGCCGUUCGGAGAAAAGGGUUCGGUGAAGAGCUUCUUCUCUUCUUAUCUCGCGGCCCCUUUGUUCUUCUUUGAUUACUUUGCAUACAAGUGGUAUUUCAAAACAAAGAUAGUCAAGCCGAUUGACAUGGACUUUGGUCCAGCUAGGGCGUUUGAUGAGCAGGACCUGAUCAAUGCUAUUGCAGCUGAAGAUGCUGAGCGGGAUCCAGAGAAGAACAAUCGGGAAACUUGGAAAAAGCGUGUUCAGUAUAUGGUAUUUGGAUAG